AACUCUUCCUCUACCUACCCCCCAACAACAACAACUACACACAAUGUCCGGUCGCGGAAAGGGUGGCAAGGGUCUGGGCAAGGGCGGCGCCAAGCGUCACCGCAAGGUCCUUCGUGACAACAUCCAGGGUAUCACCAAGCCCGCUAUCCGCCGUCUCGCUCGCCGUGGUGGUGUCAAGCGUAUCUCGGGCCUCAUCUACGAGGAGACCCGUGGUGUUCUCAAGAUCUUCCUCGAGAACGUUAUCCGCGACUCGGUCACCUACACUGAGCACGCCAAGCGCAAGACUGUUACCUCGCUCGACGUCGUCUACGCCCUCAAGCGCCAGGGCCGCACCCUCUACGGUUUCGGCGCCUAAGCUGGUCGUUGACCGCUACUGCUCUGCGUGCACCUUCCGCAUGCGACCGAGCACGAGUGCACAGUACUUUCGUUUUCGCUCUCUCUCUUUGUACCGCC